ACACAUCAUCUCGGAAUUGGAGCACCUGAUCUUCGUGAGCACGGAUGUGGGCCGCUGCCGGGCCUGGCUGCGGCUGGCCCUCAACGACGGCCUGAUGGAGUGCUACCUGAAGCUGCUGUUGCAGGAGCAGGCCCGCCUGUGCGAGUACUACCAGCCCACGGCCCUGCUCCGUGACGCCGAGGAGAGCGAGUUCCUCCUGAGCUUCCUGCAGGGCCUGACAUCCCUGUCCUUCGAGCUCUCCUACAAGUCUGCCAUCCUAAAUGAGUGGACCCUGACCCCGCUGGCCCUCUCUGGGCUCUGCCCGCUCUUGGAGCUCGAUGUCCUCACUACCUCUGGCACAGGACUACAGCGGAAGGGGUCUCUGGAUUCCAUCUCCCAUUCCUCAGGCUCGGAGGACAUCGAGGUGCAGCACUCGGGCCAUAAGAUCCGGCGGAACAGGCAGCUCACGGCCUCCUCCCUCAGCCUGGACACGGCCCGUUCAUCCCAGUUCUCCUGCAGCCUCAACUCUGACAGCUGCCUCCUCCAAGAGAAUGGCUCCAAGAGUCCAGACCGUUCCGAGGAGCCCAUGUCCUGCGACUCAGACCUGGGGACAGCAAAUGCCGAAGAUUCGGACCUGUCUCUGCAAGAGGUGUUGUCGGAAUUCAGCAAAGCCCAGGUGAACUCUGUGCCCACCGAGGGACUGAGCCCAGAAACGGAGGUUCCCGUGCUGCAGGCCUCACUCACCCUCCACGGCCUGGACACCAGCACACCCCCGCCCUUUGAGGUACCUGCGGAGCCCCACCCUGCCCAAGCAUCCCCUGGGACCCGAGAUGGGGCCCACACGGGGGAGCCUCUUUCCCAGGCGCCUGGCCCUGGGGGCUGGCUGAAGCUGGGCAUGGCCCAGGCUGUCCUUUCGGGGAGCACUUCAGGCCAGCAGCCUCCUAGUCCUGUGAGAGAGGCAACCAGAGCAGUUGGCCAAGGAAGUGGCCAGCGGAAGCCCCUGGAGGAUGACAAACCUCGGCUGAGCCUUGUGGUUCCCUCACCCACCAGUCCGAUAAACACAAACUGGAUCUCAGAAGAUGACUUCUACCAGCCUCCCCGGGAACAGCCCGUGGAGAGUCCUUCCGAUGCCUCUGUAGGUUCUCCCAGAGGGACUCCAGAGUCAAGGCCUGGUCUCCUCACGCAAGGACCAAGAAGAAGCUGUUCCUUGGAGGCCUUGGACAAAGCUUGCGUGCCUUCCCCAGGAAGCAGGAGAGGCGAGGCCACCCCGGUACCAGAGCAUAAUGACUUCAGGGUGGUGCAUCGCAGGCAGAUGGGGCUGUCCAACCCAUUCCGGGGGCUCCUGAAGCUGGGCACGGUGGAGCGGCAGGGGGCCAUGGGCAUCUGGAAAGAGCUCUUCUGCGAGCUCUCCCCGCUGGAGCUGCGCCUCUGCCUGAGCGGCGAGGAGGGCACCUGCGUGGAGAACUGCUCGCUGCUGCGCUGCAAAUCUGUGGGGCCGGCCCACAGCGACGGCCGCUUCGAGCUGGUCUUCUCGGGCAAGAAGCUGACCCUGCGUGCCUCGUGCCGGGAUGAAGCCGAGGACUGGCUGGACCGGGUGCGGGAGGCGCUGCAGAAGUGCCGGCCCCAGCAGGAAGAGGAGUGGGUGACCAUCCAGUACCCGGACCAACCCGAGGACCCCCCAGAGGCCCCCCAGGGUGGCCACCCCUCCCAUUCGGACCUGCUCUCAGAGCCUGAAACCCCCCGGGGCCUGCAGUUGGACUGGUCCUCUUCCCAAGUUCCCGAGCCCGAUGCUAUUAAAGAAUCCCUUCUGUACCUGUACACGGACCGCACCUGGAUGCCCUAUAUCUUCUCCCUGUCCUUGGAGUCUCUGAGGUGCUUCUGCAUGAGAAACAACGAGACGAUGUUAAGUGACAGCCAUGGAGUCGAGACCAUCUGAGACAUCCUGCCGGACACAAGCCUCAGGGGCCCAUCCUUCUUCAAAAUCAUCACAGCCAACGCCGUCCUGAAGCUGCAGGCCGGGAAUGCCGAGGAGGCUGCCCUGUGGAGGGACCUGGUGCACAGGGUCCUGGCGUCCUACCUGGAGACGGCCGAGGAGGCAGUGACGCUCGGCGGGAGUCUGGAUGAAAACUGUCAGGAGGUGCUGAGGUUCACUACGUGGGAGAAUGGCUACCUGCUGCAGUAUCUGGUGGCCAUCCCCACGGAGAAAGGCCUCGACUCCCAGGGCUGCUUCUGUGCAGGCUGCUCCCGGCAGAUCGGCUUCUCAUUUGUACGACCCAAGCUCUGUGCCUUCUCUGGCCUCUAUUACUGUGACAUCUGCCAUCAAGACGAUGCCUCAGUGAUCCCAGCCAGGGUCAUCCACAACUGGGACCUCUCCAAGCGCCCGGUCUGCAGGCAGGCCCUGACGUUCCUGACGCAGAUCCGGGCCCAGCCCCUCAUCAACCUGCAGCUGGUGAACGCGUCCCUGUGUGAGCACGUGGAGCGGAUGCACCUCAUCGGGAGGAGCCGGGAGCAGCGGAAGCUCCUGGGAGAUGACCUGGGGCUGUGCCGAAGCGGAGCCCUGAAGGAGCUGAGCAAGAGAAAUUUCCAAGGAAACUCUAUGUCUUACAUUGAUGAAAAUGUAUGGAAGGCAUACCGUUGGACUGAGACACUAUAUGAAGCCACUGCUUGGCAGAGGUGAGAAGACAAUCCAUCUUAGCACCAGCUGUUGACCAUCCCCCCUAACAUGGAUUCUGACCAUCACUGCUGCUCCUUCUAACGUGAAUUUCAAAUGGAGGUCAGGGUCUUUGAAGCAUUGUCAGGGCUCCAAG